AUGACUCAGUGGAGGAUGUGGAGGAGGGUGCCGAGCACACAUUCCAGGAUAGGCAGGAGAUACUGCUGGAAAGUCAAGAACCGAAUCCGUUCAAAGAAGCUGGUGAUGAUCGAGGCAGUGGUGCAAGAAGCUGAAGUGAAGCUGGCAUCGUCCGAGCAGCACAUCGCCGAGCUCAAGGAUGUGGGUGUGAAACACCUAACUCUGGCAGCACCUCUGUUGAAUCGCAAGGAGGCGACGGUGAUUGCAGCUGCAUCAAAACUGUUCGCAAGAUACCGUACUCUGCAGGUACCAAUACUCCGCAUCAAAACCGAUCGAGCAAAAGAAUUUGUCUUUGAAGCGAUUCAGGGAGUGGACAACAGCAAGAGAUCUGGAGCAUUGCUUCACCGCUGGAGACGAACCCACCGGCAGAGAUUGAGGUGGUCGAGUGCUGAAGAAUGCAACACGGGUUCUCCUACAAUCUGCUGGAUUGCCCAUCCGGGAUUGGCCUACAGCACUUAG